AUGGCGGCCUCCGGGGGGUUUUCUUUUGGCGGAGCUUCUUCAUUUUCAUCCACAAAACCUACAGCAACUACUUUUGGAACACCAUCAUUAACAACGACAAAUGCAGGGAGUCUUACCUUUGGAACACCCUCCACAACCAAUACAGCAUCUGGAUUUUCUUUGGGUGGAGCCAAAACAACCGGUGGAUUUGGGUUUGGUGCAGGAGGAACAACGAGUGCUGCUGGCAGUCUUUUUGGUGCAACCACAACACCAUCUACAACUGGGGGCUUGUCACUGAGCUUAGGUCUGAAACCAACUGCAACAACCACAUCAGCUGGAGGUUUUGGCUUUGGAGGAACCACUGCAGCCAAGCCUGGAGGGUUAUUUGGCACAGCAACGACAUCAGCUGCAACUGGAUUUGGGUUUGGCGGAGCUCCAGCGGCAGGAGGAUUGACCCUAGGAGGAUUGUCAGGACCUGCAAAGACAUCUACAUCUGGGUUAACAUUAGGAGGAUCAUUAGGGACAGCGCCUACUGGGUUUAGUCUGGGAGGUGGUGCCACAACGACUACUGCUGCAGUCAGUAAAGGACUAGGAGGAGUGGAUCCUUUAUCUUUAGCUUCAUCAAGUACGGCAGGUACAAGUGGUACGGUCACAUCGGGUACCAGUGAUAACAAGACAAUAAAAGAAACCCUUCUUCACCAAGACAUCCAUGCUACAGUCAGCUCUUUCAAGAGUUAUGUCAAGAAACAAAAGGCCAUCCGGGAGGACAUCACACGCUUUUCUGUCAAGCCAUACCAUCAUGUACAAGAAGAGAUAACAGCUUUGAAGCAGCUCCUGGCAGUUGUGUCUAAUGGCUUACAACGUAAUGCCAUUGCUAUUCAUAAACUCAAGUUUGAGUCGGCACAAGAGCUGAAAAAUGCUGAAGUUGCUCAUAGAACUCAAGAAAUUCCUCCAGCUCUUCAACUUGAGAACUAUGUACCUACAGAGUACUUCCAGAGAUUAGUCGAGCAAUUUGAAGAUCAGAUGCAUUUGUGUAGACAGCAGAUUGAGCAGAUGGAGAGUUAUAUGGCAUCUCUAGCACAACCAAAUAUCUACACACCACAAGAGUUGGCUGUGAUCAUGGUGAAGUUAAAUGAAACAUUUAUUGCAUUGGCUGCCCAGCUACAGUCGGUACAUGAAGCUGUCAGAGCUCAGAAAGAACAGUAUUUGAAUUAUCGGAGAGUCUACCACAGUGAUGUGGAGAAUGUGUUUACCACUCAAAAGAAGACUGCAGAGAGGGAACGCAGAAUUGGUACCCUCCCAAUGGGACCAGGGGCUUUCGAUAAUGUGUCAAAUGCUGCUGCUAUUGCCAUGGCAACGGCUUUACAGACAGCUCAGAAACCAGCAGGUAUCCAAGCUGCAGGGUUAACUGGUCCGUUCACUGCUGCUUUGGGUGGCACGUCCACCCUUUCCACUGGAGGAUUUGGAACAAGUUCUCUUGGAGCAGGUGGACUGGGUGGUCUGGGUACAACAGGAGGAUUGGGAACUACUGGACUAGGUACUGGUGGGUUCGGUACAGGCUUCGGAACCCAGAGUACUGGACUUGGACUGGGUACCCAGUCCUUGGGGUUGGGUACAGGAACAGGACUGGGUACAACUACUGGAUUUGGAACUGGGCUUUCUACUGGGUCAUCCACAUUUGGAUUUGGUACAACGAAGCCAGCAGCAACUGCAGCAAGUUUUGGUGGCAGUUUGAGUGCAGGACCAACUGUGGGCAGUACAGGAUUCGGUUUUGGAACUACUACAGGGGCCCUCGGAACCAGUAGCUUUGGAUCUACCACCACAGGGAAACCAUUACAGCUGCAGAAACCCCCCAGCAAGUACAGAAAAGGCACCAGGUAGAUGACCCUACAGCACAGCCAAAGCUGAAUAUCUACAGGAACGCUUAUUCAACACUCUCCAUCAUCUUGGGUUGUUUACAAACAGUUUGUGCAUUGUAUAAAUAUCCCCUCAGAGCAACAGGGGGAUAAGUUACACCCAUUUCAUUCAGGCGCUCCAUAGUCGCGCCGAACCAAUUUCUGAACUAAACAUGAACUUUUUGAAGUCUGAAAGAGUUAGGAGCUACUGGAGCACCUUGUUAAAUAUAUCGAUCUUGUCAUGAACCAAGCCAAUGUAAAUGUUAUGUUAUUUGCCUGUAUGAAACCAAAAUUUAUUUCGGUCAACCUAGAGUCGCUCCUCGUCUAUCAGCGCGACUCCGGCGUGCCUGUAUGAAACAGGUUUUAUUCUUCAGUCAAUAGGCAUUGUUUCUUUUUUUAACGUGUAUGUGAAAUGCCCACGUUUCGUCAUUGAUGCGUACGCAUAUCAUCAAUAUAAUAGCUUGGCGUCCGCACUGUCAAAAGAUACUAGUCUUUUUCUUGGGAGAGUAUGGAUAGAAUAUUAUGAAUCUCUAUUUUAAAAAUACUUGUUAGGGAAUGUUUUUACACACCAGCAUGGGCAUUUAUUAAUAUUGAUGUACAUUCAUCUCUUCAUGACCUAGGUAAAACACACAUCACAUAGCUGAGUUAAUUUAUUUGAGAUUCCACCAAAACGGCAACAUAAAGGUUAUGCAAUAAUGUGUAGCUUAACCUCUUUGCUUAAGCUGGAUUUUAAAGGCACUGAACACCUUUGGUAAUUGUCAAAGCUCACUAUUCUACCUUGGGAGUAUCCCAACAAAUGCAUAAAAUAACAAAUCUGUGAAAAUGUUGACUCAAUUGGUCAUUGAAGUUGCGA